AUGAGGAGAAAAGCCUGGCUUCGUAUACAUCGAGGAGCACGACUGGAUGCCGACAAUGAUGACAGUGGUAACCGGCCAAUACACGAAUUAAUAAUAGACAGAGAUUUUGGAUCAAGACGCGUAAGAGUCACGAGCAGAAGAAUGUUAUACCACAUAAUCCGACAAGGGGUAGAUCUAUCAGCAAAAAAUAGAAAAGGUCAAGCAGCAAUCCACCUAGCCGCAAAGCAAGGUAUAUGGGACUUAUUCAACGUCCUGAUGGAGGAAGGCUCAACAAUCAACCUAGAAGACGACAAUGGAAGAACAGCAUUAUUCUACGCAGUAGAAGGAAGACAAAAGGGAAAAGUGGAUAAACUACUUCGGAUGGGCGCUGGAGUUAAUCACACUGAUAACUAA